AUGCUUGCAAACUGGAAGUAUCCAGCAUCAAUAGCUAUUCUCUAUCUGUUGGUAAUCCAUGGAUUGAAUUUAUUCAUGAGAAAUAGAAAGGCCAUGUCACUUAAGGGUGUAUCAAUAGUACAUAACAUCAACUUGAUGACAUUAUCCAUCGUUAUGAUGGUGGGAGUAUUGGAUGCCGCUUAUCGCCAGGCACAGGAGGAGGGCGUUGGAUCACUGUUUUGUGAACGAUCACCAGCAGCCGUCAACGGACGCAUUGGAUGGUGGAUCUACGUGUUCUACCUAUCCAAGUACUACGAACUGUUUGACACGGUGCUGCUCAGCCUCAAGAAGAAGCCCAUCAUCUUCCUUGCACAUCUUCCACCACAUGGUGAUGGUGCCGGGCACGUGGCAGUGGCUGAACGACCAGUGGCGUCACUGGGUCGCGAGUGUUGGUUCAAGCGCUACAUCACAUCGGCCCAGAUCGUGCAGUUUGUCACUGGCUCACUCAUUGUCACGCGUUGGUUCAUCAUUCGCAAGAGCGACCAAUGUCAAGGAGGCAUCAGUCCAGCCAUCGUAUCAUACAUUGUCAACAACUUUUUCAUUCUACUCUUUGUCCGUUUCUACAUCAAGUCAUACAGUAGUGGCGGCAGCAACAACACUCGACCUUCAUCAAACAAGCUCAAGGAAUCGUCGACUUCAUCUUCAUCGGCAUCAACAGGAAUGAUUCCAGACCAAACAACAUCAAAUAUACAUACCAAGAGUGAUUGA